UAUCUUCAUUGGGAGCCGCGUCUGGAGUGGUCUAUUAAGAUUUGGCGCCUGGCUUCGAUUUCUGCCUAUUGCCUUCCUUGUUUCUUGUUGCUGUGUCUCCGUUUUUUUCUUCUUCUCUUUUUAAGAUCCAGUUUUGAUGUGCAUUUAACUUACUAUGGAGGGCCAUAGGUUAAUAUAAAAAUAUUACAUACAUGUACUUCAAACGAAUCCAUGAAUCUUUUCAUCUCUUGCCCCUUCAUAUUCACGCAGACGAACCGAUUUAUAUGUUCUACGAUCAUAAGUUCAAAUUUUGGGAUAUCGCCAGCCACGGGUGUUUCCUUCCUAUGUAAAGUCCAUAUUGCAUUUUUUCAACCGCAUUGGAAGACUCAAAAGCCCUAAACACUGUAAAGAAUGCCUUUGCUCCGCGAUAUUCAGAAGCUAGCUUGAUCGUAUAUCCAUACGCUGUUGUAUACAUAUACGUCUCUUAUCUCUGAGGGCCGUCCGUUGGUGUUCAGCUUCACCUGCUUGAACGCCAUGGCGGGUUCAAGCGAUUCCACCUCUGAAGGGGCGUCCUCCAAGACGCUGAGAAAUUCAGUGACAGAACUACCAUCGCACAAGGCCUCGGAGGACUAUGGAAGAUUAUCUUUCGGGGAUAUCAACCUUCCUCCAAUGGAUCUUAAAAUACCUUCUUGUGAGUUUGUGGACACCAACAAGAAUGCUUUAUCGAAUGGAGACUGAGACUAAUAUCAGGUAUACAGUUGGCAAGAGUACAUGUUCUGAGUUCAGCGGCGGAGACUGUGGUGCCAGCGAAAAUAACACUGACGUUGAUACGGUCGUGAUCGCCAAAGGAAGACAGAUUGGCGUCGUCAGUGCAACGUUCCUUAUAUUUAAUCGAAUCAUCGGAACAGGGAUAUUCGCCACGCCUAGUGCCAUCCUGGCCCAGACGGGUAGCGUUGGCAUAUCUUUAGUGGUUUGGAUUAUUGGGAUGUUAAUUGCAAUGGCUGGUACGGCAGUGUACCUUGAAUUUGGUACCGCGAUUCCAAGGUUCGGGAGUUAUACCUCCUUUUGCGUCUGUGUAAAAUGCCGAUUCCUAUCUGGUGACUGACAUAUAUUAACACAGAAACGGCGGAGAGAAAAAUUAUCUGGAGUAUGUCUACCGGAAACCGAAGUUCCUUGCAACAGCGAUUUAUGCUUCGUAUGCAUUGUUCCUCGGAUGGGCUGCUGGAAACAGUGUAGUAUUUGGGGAAUACGUUCUGCAUGCUGCAGGCGUGGAAGUCAACCGGUGGAAUCAACGGGGUAUUGGGUUUGGGUGCAUAACGGUAGCAUUCCUUGUCCAUACCGUCGAGAUGAAAUGGGGUCUUCGUCUGCAAAAUACACUUGGCUUGCUGAAGCUGGUUGUGAUUUUGGUUAUCAUUGUCAGCGGAGCAGUGGGACUUGCGAGAGGUACACCGGGGAAGCCCUCGAAUAACUUUUCGAACACCUGGGGAGACAGUCGUCCAAGCGUGUACGGCAUGGUCACUGCCUUGUACAGCGUUAUCUGGUCAUAUGUUGGUUAUUCAAAUGCAAACUAUGUGAGUAAAAUUGUUGGGAAUAUUCCAGGAUUAGCUCUGACAUGAACUUAAUAGUCACUCAGCGAGACUCGAAACCCCAUUCGAACAUUAAAGAUCGCAGCUCCUAUAGGAGUUACGUUGGUUGGAAUCCUCUAUCUGCUGGUUAAUAUUGCAUAUUUCGCGGUUGUGCCAAAGGAAGACAUCCUGGGCUCCGGACGUAUUCUGGCAGCCUCCUUUUUUCGCAACAUAUUUGGGCCAAAGGCAGAGAGGGUUCUGUCCAUUUUUAUUGCACUCUCGGCCUUUGGGAACGUGAUGGCAGUGCUAUUCUCUCAAGGAAGAAGUAAGCUCAAUAUGUUUAUUCAUCUUCCGUAAUGCUUUCUAACUAAGCGGUUUAGUUGUCCAGGCACUCGGCGAAGAAGGUGUACUUCCACUGUCAAAAUUCUGGGCGAGUAAACGUCCGUUUAACUCUCCAGCUGCUGGCCUGCUGGAACAUUAUAUGAUCUCAGCCAUAGUGAUGCUUGCACCGCCACCUGGAGAUGCGUAUAUUUUUCUUCUCAAGUGGGUAUCCCGUGACAAUUAUGAAUUGAAUAUUGGCUAAAAAAAAAGGGUGAAAUAGCAUGAUUUCGUACCCGUUGUCCGUGGUAAAUGUCCUAGUAGCUGCAGGACUGAUGCAUAUAUACCUUCGGCCGUCAAAGUAUCCUGGUUGGGCUCCGGGCAUUCGAGCAACAUUGCCAGUUACUGGG